UUUGCCGGGAACCGGCUUUCUGUUACCUUGGCAAGGACGGCGACAAAAAGGAAAUUACACCUGUGAGUCGCGUGGAAGAAAGACAUUAUCAAGCUUUCCGUUAAAUAUAUGUAUUGGUUAUUUUAGUAGAGGUGAAAGAAUAGCGGCACGGUGCUCCCGGACAGUUAUUUAUCCGGUACAGGUACAGUAAGGAAUGAAUCCGUCUCGUCGCUGUUCGGCUUUUCUGAGCCAACUGUGCGUGUCCUCCUCGCUGGGGGGCCCGACAGCCAGGAGGCCGUUACAUCCAGCAGCAGUCUCAGCACCGGGGGGAACACGCUGCUGUCACCCCGGAGGAGAAGGAGGAGGAGGAGGGGGAGUCAAAGGGACCUGUCCCCAACUAAUGCCGAACGGGACACCCGUCACCGGGGCAGCACCAGUUUUUCCGAAGAGCAGCAGCAGCAGCAGGUUGUUUGGCACGUUGGCCCAGCCGGACCCGGACCCGGGGGAGAACCCAGACCAGGAAAGGGUCGAGUCGGACCAGCUGCUCCGAGAGUGUGAAGAGGCCCUGCAGAGGCGUCCGGCCAGGCCACAUCGGGAUCUGGUCAGUCCCAGCGGCACGGAGCCCUGCCACCACAAGCUCCACCCACCCAUACGGAUCAUGCAGUGGAACAUCCUGGCGCAAGCUCUCGGCGAGGGGAAGGACGGCUUCACCCGCUGUCCGCCGGACGCGCUCAACUGGCAGGAGAGGAAGUACCUGAUCCUGGAGGAGAUCCUCACCUACCGCCCCGACAUCCUGUGCCUGCAGGAGGUGGAUCACUACCACGACACCUUUCAGCCAAUCAUGGCCAGCCUCGGCUACCGAGGCAGCUUCAUGGCCAAGCCCUGGUCCCCCUGUCUGGACGUGGAGCGGAACAACGGCCCGGACGGCUGCGCUCUGUUCUACCGCCGCUCGCGCUUCUCCCCGCAGGCCACGGCUCACUUGCGGCUGUCGGCCACGACGCUGCCCACCAACCAGGUGGCCGUCGUCCAGACGCUGAGGUGCCGAGGGACCGGCCGGCGGCUGUGCGUGGCCGUCACCCACCUGAAGGCCCGCAGCGGCUGGGAGAGGCUGCGGAGCGCGCAGGGCGCCGACUUGCUGCGGAGUUUGCGCAGCAUCACGUCCCAAAGCGCCGGCGGCGAGUCCGAGCCGGCGGGGGGGGGGGGCACCGUCCCCCUGGUCGUGUGCGGAGACUUCAACGCAGAGCCCUCGGAGGAAGUCUACCGGCGGUUCAGCUCCUCGGCUCUGGGCCUGAACUCGGCGUACAAGCUGCUGAGCGCCGACGGGCAGACGGAGCCCGCCUACACCACGUGGACGAUCCGCCCCUCCGGAGAGAGCUGCAGCACUCUGGACUACAUCUGGUACAGCCGCGACGCUCUGAGCGUGCAGCGCCUGCUGGACAUCCCCACGGAGGAGCAGAUCGGCCCGGACCGCCUGCCCUCUUACCACUACCCCUCUGACCACCUCUCGCUGCUCUGCGACCUCAGCUUCAAGGAGGAGCCCCAUAGGCUGAUGUAGGCGGCCAAUCGCAGCAGCCCUGGACCAAUAGGAGCAUUGAGUGACUGGUUGAAACAGCCGGACGCUCUGACUGGAGAGCGUCACUUCUGAAGGAAAAGCUACUUGUAGUUUGAGCAAUAGUUUGGAUUUGAUCCAUUGACUUGUCAGUCUCCAGUUUCUAUCCCCAAACUUCAGCUGACAUGGCCGCUGUGUGCUUCCUCUGCUCAACUCUUUGACCAACUGACCAUCAUUACAUUAAUUUAUGACAUUGUUCUCUGUACUUUCUAUCAGUUGGUUAAACAAUAAUCAACAAUUACUUGUGUUUUUUCAUUAAUUAUUUUGCAUUUAAGUAAUCUUUGACGAUUCUGCACUUAAACAAUGUUGUCGCUGUGACUACAAUGAGGAGAAAUGUUUAUAUAUAGAUGUAUAUAUAAAAAUUAAGUUUUUAUUUAUACUCCAAUUUUUGUUUUUAAUUCUUGAUUUCCUAUCCGACGACUUCUGUAUUGAGCGAACCGCUGUCACUCUCGACUGCUCUUUAGUUACGACAGGUUUUUAGUUAUACAGUAAAAGAAAAAUCAAUAACAAACUACUCUAAACUGGGGGCAAAACCAGUUGAAGCUUUUAAAGUGGUUCUGUCCACGAUGAGCUGGUUGCUGCCGCAGUCUGAGCUGGAGGAGUUUCAGGUGAACCUGAAGUGUGUUUAAAAAAUAUGUAAUAAAGUUAUAUUACAAAUGUAAUAAAGUUA